AUGGCGGCAACCAGUGGAAGCGAAAUUUACAAAUGGCCUACAGAGAAGACCUUUGGCCUCAUCCGCUUUAGGGUAGCAAAUGAUGGCAAAUUUUUAAAGACAAAAUUCACCACCAAAAGCUUGUGGGUGCAAGCAGUGAAAGAGCUGGGCCUGGAGGGUGUAAUCACCCACAAGCAGGCCAGCAAGAAACAAGCUCAGGAGGACCCCACAGCCCUGUUAAUGGCCAUUGUCACACCACAGCCUGAAACCCCCAGAGAAGACCUUCCUCAGUCUGCCCCAGCCUCUUCAACCAAUCCUCCCACUACACCGCCUGUCAGUCCAACCACAGCCUCUUCAAACAAUCCUCCCACUCCAACCACAACCUCUUCGACCAAUCCAACUACACCAUCCACCACAGCCUCUUCCAUCAUUCCAGCUACUCCAUCCACCACCCUGUCUACCACGCCAAACCCAUCGCCAAGGAAGAGGAAGAAGAAUGCUAACCAGCAAAUUCUGGACUUCCUCAAAACCGAAUCCGUUAAUGAACAGAGAAGGCAUACGGAAUCCGAAGACAAAACUGAAAGGUUUAUAAACUUUUUUGAAAGAUUUGUGGACAAAAUGCCUGACAAAUAG